AUGGUAUAUAAAAUAGACUUAUGCGGACCAUUUUCAAAAACAUUAUCAUCAAAUGGAAACCAAUAUAUCUUAUUGCUUACGGAUACGUUUUCAAGAUACUGGAUGUCAGAAGCUAUUACGGAUAGUAAAACAUCAACCAUUCUUGAAGCCAUUCUACAAUUAUGUUAUAAAUAUGAAUUUCCCAAGAAAUUUAAAUUAGAUAACGCUACAUACUUUAAUAAUCAAGCAUUUGAUACAAUGACAAAAAUUCAUGGAAUAGAAUUAAUAUUUGGACAACCUUAUAACCAUACAAGUCAGUCUAUUGUGGAGAGAAGUUUUCGAACAUUGCAAGAUAUUAUCAGUAAAAUAAUUGAAAACCCAGUAGAACCCAGACUUAGACAAUGGGAUUUAUGUUUACAACAAGCAUGUUACUUCUAUAAUGCUUCUCCGCAAUUAACAACAGAAUAUAGUCCUUAUGAAUUAUUCUUUGAAGGAAAACCGUACUUAAAUUUGGACAUAAUAGACUUUGCAGAAAUAAACUUAAUUGAUAGAGACAAAAUUUUUGAAGAACAACUAUAUAAAACCCAAUUAUCUUAUGCAAAAGCACACUCGGUACUUUUAAAACAUCGUUUAGCUGCCGUGGAGAAAAACAAUACACCUGUUCUCAAUUCUACAAAUUUCAAACCAGGAGAUUUAUUUUUAGUCAAGGAAAUUAUUAGAGAAUCAAAAUUCGACGUAUACUGGGAAGGAUCAUAUAAAGUAAUUGAUUCAGAUUCAUACGUUAUUAAAUAUUCAAAGCCAAGAUAA